AUAUAUAUAGGCUAUAUAUAUAUAUACGUAUAGAAGCAGUAAUUAUUCUUGUACACCCCUAAACAUGAAUUUUUCGUCAAUCAUGAUAACUGACGUUACAGCUUCUGUUUUUGGGAUCUUUAUUGUGCUUUUUUCUGUAUUACUGAUGAUCAAGAGAAUCAAAGAGAAAAAUACAAAUUUUAAACAGUUGCCUGGACCUAUCGGUUUCCCUAUUAUUGGAGCUUCACAUAUAAUUUCUAAGUAUAAAAAACCAUGGGAUGCAUUUUCUGAUUUGAGAAAACAGUAUGGUGAUGUUUAUGGUAUACAGCUUGGAAGUAGAAAUUGUGUUGUGGUCAGUUCUUUACCAAUCAUUAGAGAAGUAUUGGUUAACAAAUGCAACCAGUUUGGUAACCGUCCCGAUUUUUUGAGGUUUCAUGCCAUUUUUCGAGGUGAUAGAAAUUAUUCUAUAGCACUGUGCGAUUGGUCUUCCAAACAGAAGACAAGGAGGCAACUCGCAUUCCCUUUCAUGCAUCCAAAGGCUCGAUCCUUUGGAAGCUCUCGUAUGGAUCAAUAUAUAAGAACUGAAAUGAAAGAAUUGAUACAAUCGCUGGCUCUUGUUCAAGAUCAAAUUAUAGAACCACGUUUUUAUUUGUUGAUUGCUACUGCAAAUAUAUUUUAUCAAUUCUUGUGUAGUAAGAGCUAUUCCCGUGAAGAUCCAGAAUUUUGCAAUAUAGUUAAAAUCUAUGACGUAGUAUUUAGGGAGCUCUUUCAAGGUUUUGCCGUUGAUUUUAUGCCUUGGUUGAAAGUUUUUAACGUUAUGAAGAUUUACAGAUUGAAGAAAUUGGCAGCAAAUGUUUCUAAAUUUACUGAAACCAUCUUUGAAGAGCACGAGAAGGAUUUCGAUUCGGAACAUCCGAGAGAUCUUGUUGAUAUACUUCUUCAACACAUUCAUGAAAAUUCUAAAGAUAAUGGUGAUUUGACUAGAGAAGAUGUUGGAAUCAUCGUCGAAGAUCUUCUUGGUGGUCAUUCAGUUUUGGGAAAUUUAUGGCUUUGGGGUCUCUACUUCUUAGCUGAUUAUCCCGAGAUAAGAAUGAAGAUUAGAAACGAAGUUACAAAGGUUACUAAAAAUAUACGUUACCCUUCACUGGAUGAUCGUAGUUCCAUGCCAUAUACUUAUGCCACCAUUUUGGAAUUGAUUCGAAUUAUCAGUUCUCCCAUUAUUCCUCACGUAGCAUCCUGUGAUACAGAGAUACAAGGUUAUCAUGUUCGAAAAAAUAGUUUAGUCAUGUUUAACACUUGCGACUUGAAUUUGGAUCCAGAAUUAUGGGAGAAACCGAGAACAUUUAAUCCAGAGAGAUUCAUCAAUGAAGAGGGGAAAAUACAAAAACCCAAUCAUUUCCUUCCAUUCAGCACAGGAAAAAGAACCUGUUUAGGUGAUGGUUUGGUCAAAGCUACUCUUUUCCUUGGAAUGUCAACACUCCUCCAAUGUUUUGAUAUUGUUUUACCACCGGAUACACCCGGGCCAGAUAUAUAUGACGUGCCAGGUUUGGUUAUCCCAAGAGAAGAGAUAAAACUGAUCUUUCGUGCAACCCCCAAUUUAUCAGACAUGUCAGAAUAGUAGAAUGUUAUAUUAUAAACAUAUAAACUUGCGCACAUUAUAUUAUUAUUAUUAUUAUAAUUAUUCUCUGAUCUCGUUAUGUUUUAUGUAUCAUAUAAUAUGAAUUAUGUAAUUUAUGCAUCAUUUACGAUAGAAUUAAUCAUUUCUAGCAAUUAUUUUAGGUGAAUUUCAAGUCGAAUUCCUUAAUAAACAACAUUGAUAACUAAUAUGUAUCAUUGUAUAUAGUUGUGUUUUGUCGUCAGAAAUGAUUUAGAUCCUUAUAAUGGAUGUUAAAUUUAUGAUUUUAACUGAUUUUUGCAGUUAUGAGAAAUGAUUAUCCUACAUUUUGAUGUGCAAUAUUAAUUAUUUUUUUCGUUUUUUUUAUGUACGUAAUACCAGUUUGUAUGAAUAAAAU